ACCCUGCACCUGCUUCUCUGAUGCUGGCGGGGCGAGCUGAAUAGAUCUGAGCGGCUAAAAACUUUAGAACUGCUCGGGUCACAGGAGUAUAGGGUAGCACAAACCAACAUGGCGCCAGAUCAACCGCGUGCGACGGAUUUCGCGUCGGACGCGAAAGGCAAUAACAGCACCGGGCCCACCCCAGCCGCAGAGCGGCCCUUGUCCAAGGCUCUUGGCGCAGGGAGCCUUGUGCAAGGUCAGAUUGACGCAAGCUAUGUCCUCGAUGCACAGCAGGAUCUGGACCGCAAGCAAGGUGGCUCCAGAGCUUCAGUGUUCCUAUCUCGGCCGCUCUCCUUUCUCAAGCGCCAAGCAAGCACUGCAAGUUUGGGAUCCGGCGCAAUCAAUGCCCUAGUGCUGGACGCAGCACAGAAAGAUGAUAAGACACAAACAGAAGACGAGAUGCUCCAUCAGAGCCGCGGACCCAUGUGGGCAAGCAGGCCGGACCAAGAACAACGCAAUCACAUCAAUGCCCUCAAGCGUGAUUUAAAAUCAUCCAAGAACUUAUCCAGCACAUUAAAGUCUGCAGUCACGUACCGCCAGUCAUCUUUCCGUUCGAUGGUAACUACGUCGGGACCACCGACGCCCUCCACACCAAAUGUUGCACCAGGAAAGCUGGGCAAUGGGCAACUCGCUGAAGACCGUGCCGAAAAUGGCCCAGAUGGAGCUGGCGCACCACGUUUAGGCAGUUUACUGGGCGGCGGUGAUGGAGAUAGGAGGAAGGAACAGGCCAUUGCGGUCACCAAAGAUGCCUUCUCGCGUCCUAUCCGUGGGACGGUGCAGGAAGCGCAGAAGGGUUUGGACGUGCAGGCGCAGAAGGAAGAAGAUUGUGGACAGCAGCAACACCAAGGAACAUCGUCUCCAUCUCAGACAAGAAAGAUGAUGCAGAUCAGCCACCUGAUGAUGGGAAGACUGAGCGGACGAGCGAACCCUGGCGAUUCAGGUGGCAUACCUGGCUCUACGUGUGGUCAGUCGCCUGAGGAACGCGGGCAACAGCAAGAAGGAAGCGAUGGAGAGAACCCGGAGGGGCCGAGCGGCAACAUUGAUGUAGAUGCUCCUCAGAGUCCGAACACCCCUCGUCCUGUUGUGGCCCGUGCCCGUUGGUCGGCUUUGAAGCGGCGCAUCAACCAGGCAAAAACCGCUAGAUCGCAAAAGCGCAAGCUCGUCGGUGGGCCAGACCUGACGCAGGAGCUUCAAUCUGGUAUCCUCCCUGUCCUACUGCUCAAGAUGUCGAUUGAGCGCGACGAGCAGAAGAAUCGUCGAAUUCCGGUCUUGCUCAAUCACUUGCGUCUCAAAAUCACCGAUAGUGUGAACCCGCUCAGCACACAUGCUGUUUUCCGCAUCGAGCUAGAGUACGGAGACGGACUGGUUAAAUGGGUCGUCUACCGCGAGCUCAAAGACUUCAUCAACCUCCAUACGCACUAUCGCGCAGCUGCGCUCCGCGGAAAAUUCACCCAGCCCCUUGGCACAGGAUCUUCCACCACCGAAGGCGACCUUGGCCUUCAUUCUUUCCCACUCACAUCGCUGCCGUACUUCACGCAGCUCCACCGCCAGGGCAAAGCAAAGAAGGCCGAAUUUGCCAGUGCGCAGCGCGAGGCGCUCGAGACGUAUAUCAUUCAGCUGAUUCGACGUACCAUGUUCCGGCCCGAAGCGAACCGGCUCUGCAAAUUCUUCGAGAUCAGCGCGCUCAGCGUUAGUCUUGCCAGUCGUGGGGGCUACCAGGGCAAGCAGGGCUACCUGCGCAUCCUAAGCAAAAGCAGCAGGAAGAGCGAGCAGCAGGCCAGCCUGCUGACUCCUUGGCGUUGGGUCAAAAGUCAUGAGCCAAAGUGGUUCAUUGUGCGAGAAAGCUUCAUCGCUAUCGUCGACGAACCUGACAGUUUGCAGAUUCACGACGUCUUUCUCAUGGACACGGAAUUCGAGAUCGUACGACCCAAGCGUAUCUACCGACAGACCAUGUCACUCGCACAGGACCUUCGUCAAGGCGCAAAGAUUGGCAACAGUGAUGACAAAAGUGGAGGAGAAGAUGACGAAAAGGAGGAGGACAACGGUAUGGCAAAAUGCAGCGAGGCUGCCACUAAGAUUGGCAUCGAGAAGAGCAAAACGAAGGGAAAGGAGCCCGAGAACGCAAGCAGAAAUAUUAAUAGCGUCAUGGACAUUCUCACGGAUGGUGACCGCACGGCUCUGCUCACAGGUGGCCAGUUCCGAACGCCGCGCAAAGCGGAUGGAAAUGAAUUAGAUGGUAAUCCAAAUGCAGCGGACAAUGUCCAGAGGGGUGAACGAGACGACAAGAAGAACAAAGGAGUUUCCGCACAUACAUUCUUCCUCAAGAACUCCGAGCGGAAGCUUCGUCUAGUUGCAAAGAACGAGCGCCAGAUGCACCAAUUUAUUGCCUCUAUGGAGGCCGUCGCCGCGCGUAACGUGUUCACUGGCGGAAAUCGCUUUGGGUCUUUUGCCCCGAUCAGGCUCAACGUUAACGCGCAGUGGCUCGUCGACGGUCGAGACUACUUUUGGAAUUUGAGCAAAGCGCUGCUCAUGGCCAAAGACCGGAUCUUCAUCCACGACUGGUGGCUCAGCCCGGAACUAUACUUGCGUCGACCGGGUAAGCCCAAGUGGCGUCUGGACAAUAUCCUCAAGAAGAAGGCAGAGGAAGGGGUCAAGAUCUUUGUCAUUUUGUACAAUGAAGUGUCGAACAACUUUACACCGACCGACUCCAAUUACACCAAGCAGCGUCUCAUCAGUCUGCACCGCAACAUAUAUGUGCAGCGCUCGCCAAGCCAUUUCCAAACUGGUACGUUCUAUUGGGCGCAUCACGAGAAGCUCUGCGUCAUCGAUGAAACGGUCGCGUUCAUGGGUGGGCUCGACUUAUGCUUUGGGCGUUGGGACACUCCCGGACACGUGUUGAUCGACGAUGCAGAUGGCGAUAUGCCCCCUCCCGACGGCACCUUUCUUGGGCCUACGCGUGAUGGUGCUGAGGCGCGCAUCUGGCCUGGUCAAGAUUACGCCAACGAACGUGUGAUGGAGUGGCAUACUCUCAGCAAACCGGAAGAGGAUCUCUUCUCGCGAGAGAAGUUCCCUCGAAUGCCAUGGCAUGACACUGGCCUUCAACUGGUCGGCCAGCCAGCCAGAGACCUGUGCCGACACUUCGUCCAGCGCUGGAAUUUUCUGCUCAGGAUUAAGAACCAUAGCAGAGUCAUGCCUUUCCUUCUCCCGCCACCAGACUUUACGCCGGAGGAACUUAUCAAGUUCGGCUUGACGGGUACUAUUGAGGCGCAGAUCUGUCGUUCUUGCGGUCCUUGGAGCAUGGGUACGAACAACAAGGUCGAGUACUCGAUUCAGAAUGCCUAUCUCAAAGCCAUCCAGAUGAGCGAGCAUUUCGUCUAUAUCGAGAACCAAUUCUUCGUCACUUCCACCACCGUCGAUGCAACCAAGAUCGAGAACCAACUUGGCGACGCACUCGUCCAUCGUAUCAUUCGUGCUCACCGUGAAGGCACGCAUUGGCGGGCAGUCAUUGUCAUCCCUCUGAUUCCCGGCUUUCCAAUGCCGAUCGAUCAUCCUGAUGCCAGCUCCGUGCGUCUCAUUGUGGAAUGCCAGUAUCGUGCCAUCUGUCGCGGCGAGCACUCCAUCUUUGGCCGUCUCAGACGCGAAGGCAUCUCACCCGAGGACUACAUCAGUUUCUUCUCUCUGAGGACAUGGGGAACCCUGCGCGGAGGUCUUUUGACAACAGAACAAGUCUACAUCCACGGAAAAAUUAUGAUCGUCGACGAUCGCCUGGCGAUCAUUGGCUCGGCGAACAUCAAUGAGCGCUCGCAACGAGGAGACCGCGAUUCUGAGCUUGCGUGCGUCCUCAGGGACACAGACUUGAUCGACAGCACAAUGGCAGGAGUGCCUUUCAAGGUCGGUCGCUUUGCGCACACACUGCGCCUCCGUCUCAUGAGGGAACAUCUAGGCAUCGACGUCGAUGGGCUUGACAGCGAAACCGUGGGAGCAUGCGGAGAUGAUGACAGCGAUGUCUCUGUGCAUGAACUGGACGACUCAGAUGGUGAAUGGGACCCUGAGAAUGAGCGGACUCUUGGGGAAGACGAUGCAAAAGGGCAUAUGGUCGAACAAGCUCGUGGGACGGCUGAGCAGUACAAGAUGACAAUUUCCGCUACCACGGAGAACCUCAAGCCAUUAAAGGCUCUCGAAGCCAUAAAUGGAAUGGUCAGCAAAAAGGCCGGUGAUGUCAAGCCCAAGGUGACAAGCGGUCGCGAUGGUGUAACGCAGGACUCUCCUGAUCCAGCGAGGGCAGACCAGGAUGAUGAAUGCUCACAGACUUCCUGCACUGAGGACAGAUCCAAGAGUCUGACUGUCGAUAAGCCCAUGCCACACGAUGUGGUGCCAACCGUCGAAGGGCAGGUGCUUGCUAGGCAGGAAUCAAACACGCAUGCGACAUACGUGAGCCCACCAUCGCGCGCCAAUUCUGUCCAAUCCGGAAGAUCGGGCAGAGACUCUGCACACAACACGACACGCUCCGCCUCGGUUGCCAGCCAUCUUGAUGAAGGAAGCAACAGCGUCAAGCGCAAGAUGAGCACCAAGCUCUCUGCGAAUCCGUGGUCUCGACCUGGCGACCAGAUCGACAUAGACCCUGAUUGCUUCGAAGACCCCAUUGCAGACGAUUUCUACCUCAACAGAUGGAUGGCCAUUGCCGUGCGAAAUACGCAUAUCUACCGCAAGGUUUUCAAAUGCGUUCCUGAUGACACGGUCACGACUUGGUCAGACUACAAGGCUUUCUUGGCGUGGUCCGACCGUCUGUCGCGCUCGCAGAAUCCCUCGUCCACUAACGCGAAAGUUCAUCUGGACGAUCGCGCUGACCAGUACAACCAGCGAUUCCCAGUUGACCCGCUUUCAGUCACUUCAACCUCUUCAACAGACAGUCAGGGCCAACGUCACAGCCACCAGGGUGGCAACACCAGCGACAGCGGUAAGGCGGACGUUGAACAAGGAGAGACAUUGCAAACUGUCGACUCGGCAGGAAAAAACGGGGAAAACGAGGCUGGCGCCGCGCCGGUUCCUCCAUCCACUGCUCGUCCCGGCCCUUUGAGCGGCAGGCGGGACCAGGACAGUGGAGCGGACCAAAAGGACGACCAGGAUAAAGGCAAGGCAGAUAGAAAGGGACACAGCGGCCCGGCUAGCGCGCACGGUGCGGACCCCGGUUUCUCGCCAGAAGAAUUGAGGCAGAUGGAAAAUCUUCUCGAGGAGACACAGGGUCAUCUAGUCGUCUUUCCCACUCGAUGGCUGGAGAAGGAGGGCGCAAGCGGUAACUUGCUGUUCCCAUCAGACGCCUUGCUCCCUCUUAACGUAUACGAUUAGAAAUGACCUGCAUGACAUUACCAAUAGACACGAGCUGGCCAUGAAAGUUCCACGGUACAUUUUCGCAACUUCCAGCGAAAAGCUUCCGACCGUAAUCGCACCCAGAAUUGGCCUCU